CGCGUAUCGUUUUGUCACCGUCCACCACGCUGUGACAUCGACCGCACCAGUGGGCAAUCGACUUGCCUUGUCGCCGUCGAGCACAGCGACCACAACCAUGUCUUCAAUGGAAAUAUCGUCUACAACCUCCUCCAUAGGUUACAAAGGCAAAGUUCUACGCUCGUGGAGUCAAUUACCAGCAGAGGUUAUCAGACUAAUCGCGACACACUACUUGCUCGAUUUCAGAACAUUUGCCUAUGUACCAACAACAUGGGAGGCCCGCGAGAUGUGGCCUCGUCGCAUUGUGUACACAGUCAUGCGCGACGCACCCGAAGUGGAGAAACUUAUGUCCAUAUGCCCAAGUUGGGGGAGUGCCCGUGAGUGUCGCGCUCUGUUCCGCGAAAAGACGUCUUUGUUCUUUUGAAAGUCAUGCGUUCUGGCAACAUGCUUGCGCAGCCAUAGACCCCAAUGAUAUGUUCGCUCAGCAUCGAUUCAUCCAAACCACAGCGCCUACGACUGCUGGUUCAAACGCCACGGCGUCCGUAAUGCGAAUCUCUCACCACAAACAUUUCCGCAAUCUCUAUCGAUAUACCUGCAUUGUCUGCAGGAUUAAUUACCCCUUCCACAAUACCGGACUUGCAGCUGCGAAGCGUCUCGCCCACACUGCUUGGCUAGGUACCAUUCCUGUUUGUCGCGAGCAUCGCAAGGCGUCAUUCUGUGGGCUAUGUCUUCGAGAAGCGCCUGCACUUGAGCUGGAAUCGGAAUAUUCCUAUGUUUGUUGUGUGGAGAAUGAUGACGACGAGACUUGGCCUGGUAUCGAUGCGACAUGUAGGAGCUGUCGGACAGAGACACUUUGGCGGGUUGCCGGACGCGAGCCGGGCGAUCGCGAAGCCCUAGGUGGACCUUCAUUCGAGAGUCCGGAUUGGGAGACAAGACAAGCAGUGGAAUCGUUCAUCGAAAUGGGAGAAGGAACGAUUGGUGACAUCCUAAACACUGCUCGCGAGAAGUUCUGGAUGAGGGGAAAUACGAAGUUGGCCGACAUGCUCAUGCAAGCACUUGCUGCAAAUCGCUACGCUUCGCGCGCUGAAGCAGGGGAAACGGGAUACGGGAGUGAUGAUGAUAUGAGCGACGAGGAGGAUGACAUCGAGCUAUUGAGCUUAACCGAGGAUUCAGGUGGUGUGAAAGAUCUGGCCAUGAUGGACUGGGCGAGGAGCCGGAUUCUUGACGGCUAUUGGAUCAACCCAGCCGACCAUUAUUACAACUACAUCCUCCCAGGAAAAGCAUGGGUUCCAACUGAACAUCCAUGUCCUUGGAACAAAGGUGCAACAUUUUGUGGAGCGCUAGAGGACGGCGAGACCGAGCUGGUAGGCGAAGAACUACCCCACCCGAGACCCAAGACGAUCAGUGCACCUCAGCCACCCACUUUCUCACUUUCGGAGAACGCAUACCGCGCAUACGCUCGUGCUAUGCGAGAUGUUCUCUUACCUGCCAUGAACAACCUUGUUCGCAAGAUCGUCAUUGAGUCCACUGCAGAUGGUGUUGAUCCGGCCAUGAGGGCGGGUAGGAUGACUUUGGAAGAAGUUGUCUCUGAGUUGAGGGACGAAGCAAUGUGGUUCAAUGGGAUCGACUGGUUGGAACGUAGAGCCAACCGCGCAAGAGAGGAACAUGAGACCAUCCGAGCUGCCAGAAGGAGACCAUCUGAAGAAGAUGACUGCUCAUCCUCAUCACGAUCAGAUGGAUCGCACACCACAAGUCCAGUUUUGUCUACUACCACGUUGCAGACUACUCCGUCACCGCCACCUAGUGCAGAUUCUAGCUCGAAGGAAGAAGAGGGUGGUAUAGCUUCACCUGGCACUGCUUCAGCGCCUGCCAUCCCGAUACCUGUUGCGCCUGUCUUAAAAUCACCUCAACUCAUUCAUCCCAUUCCGUAUAUACCAAUCACAAUCAGUCAUCUGCCGCAAUACAGCUAUGAAUCCGUUUGGAUGGUGUGGCGUGAGGCAAUGUCGCCUCUUUUCCAAUGUCGAUGUUCAAUCUGUGAACGGACGAUGUUGAAGCUUAACAUCGCCAAUGGCAACAUCGUACCUUCUCAAGCCACCAAUGAUGUAUCGAAACCAGCUCCCACAGCUCCUGCCGCACCGCAGGAGCCAACUCAACCACCGCAGAAACCCGUUGAAGUUCAGCUUGACGAAGCGGAAACUCAUCUGAUGAAGGAUUCCUUCGAAAAUCCGGAUGAUUGCGGAGACGAUCUUAAUCUGACUCUUCCUCAAACUCAAUAUAGAGUACCCUACCGAGCGCAGACUCCUGCACGGGAACUGUCUAAAGCUGCUGAAGCUCGACGCGAUGGCAUAGGCGGUAAACGUCUGCGCCCUGCACUUGCCGAAGAAGAGGAAGAAGACGAUGACUCGAUAAUUGACUUUAUAUCUGAAAGCGAAGAUGAGCUUCAGACGUCUCCAACAGAGAGUAAGGAUUUUCCGGUAACCCCUAGGAAACGACCUUCACGAGAGCUCGACACAGACGCGUACGCGGAAGCCGAUUGCGAGUCAAACAAUCGAACGGAACGGGAGGGGUCGCCUCCGAAACGAGCGAGAGUAGAUGGAACAUACUCACCUGCAAGGGCUCCCACCCCCACUAGACUACGGAAACGAUCCUCGGAGGAGCUGGAGGACAGCGAUGAUGACGGGAGGAUGGCUAGCCCAAUGGGCAAUGGGGAUGCCAAGCGCCAGAGAUCGUCAACAGAGCGACUAGAUGGUAUCCGAGCUCUGAAAGCCGAGGCAAGAGUAAGAAGUUGAAGAGAGCCGAGAAGUCAUCAAGAGUCGAGGAGCGUCCGGUUGAGCUUGAUGUUGGAGGUGGAAGGAGAAAAUGCUUUGGACACGCCGACGACGAAGGGAUCCUCGCUGGCUUGCUCUAUGCCUCAUGGUUUCCUCGCGUCAUCGAAGGCUCUUAGCGAAAUACUCAAAUUGCACUCGGAGAAGAUGCGCCUGGCGAGGACAUAAUCGUGAUAACUCCUCUUUCACUGCUUCUUGCCGUUAUCUUCUCUUAUCCCGUGUAUCGAAGAGACGUUGGUCGGAUCCGCUCCCUGGAGUUGACAAUCCUAUCCCCCUUUUCUUUUAUUCCCUUCACCCCCCUCCCCCAAGACAUUUCUGAUGGAGGUGUCAUUUGUAUUAUCCCCUGAGCCCUUGUAUGCCUACCUCCUUCUGCCGCGAGCAUAUCUUUUGAUUGUCCCAUAUCUUAUCUCCCUGUCUCCCCUUCUGUACCACUAUAUAUUCGAUCGUGGAUCCCCGAACCUGCUCCUAGUUUGCUUAUAUUCGAGUUCUGUUGUAUCAUAGCCUACCUCCAAAAGACUCCAUUAGACUCGAUCUCGAAAUGAAUCAGGAUAAAACUUACAGUAGAAGGCGGACUCUGAGGCGCUGCGCUUGUAUGGUGUUGUUUGGCAAGGCCCUCUAGCAAGCUUCCUAAUUUAUUGUGGUUAUUGAUCAGGCCCCUCGCCGGU